UGAAUUCUAUUCUACAGUCUAGAAUUAGUCUAGAUUUACAUUUAUUACAUUGUCAUUGACUUUAAUUGUAUUUUUAUCUAUCUGACCCACUAUCUGUAGUGUAGUAGUAUAGGCAUAGGCUUAUACUUAUACUAACUUAACUUAUCUUAUAGGCUAUCAUUUAUCAUUAGCGUAGUAUUAGUAGUAACAAUUUGAGAAACCAUUUUUACAAAAUCUCACUCUAUUCAAGUCAGAACUUCAAGGAACCUCCUAUCUAUAUAGUAUAAUCAGGAACCUGGACAGCUGAUAUAAAAAACGGCUCUAAUGAUUUUCCUAGAAAUUUAACAGUUGAUGUAUAUUACUGAGAAAAGAAUUACUAGCUCAUUGGUCACAUGGAUAAUAAAGUUUUCCAUUAGAUUCUGCUGAAAGAAAUCGUAUUAACAUUUAAAUUAUCAUUUUGAAUUCAUUUGGCCUUUUACAUUAUGACAUAGGAAAUGAAUGCAAUAAUAUCAUUGUGUCACUUCUGUGAACUACAUGGCCCAAAAAUCUUAUUUUGUACCCAACCAUUCCGGCCACAAGAGCCUAGAAAUUUAUAUGGGGAUGAUCUGGAAACCAAUAUUGCUCACAGACUGAAGUCUGUCUCUGUGGCUCCAAAUCCCAGCGCAGAUGCUCAUUCAACCCCAAUAUUUUCAACAGGAUCUAAAGAUCAGUGUGAAGGAUGUAAAUCAGUUCAAACUGGUUAUGUCAGUACAGAUGAAGAUGCUCAAGUUAGUUAUGUCAGUACUCAGCAACCUUACAACCCAGAAGUUUUUGCUAGGAUUAGGCAGGCUUGCAUCCGCAGUCUAAGUUCAGAGGUUUGUCCUGGAAGAGAAGGACCAAUAUUUUUUGGAGACAAACAGUGUGGUCAUGUUCUAAGUUAUACAUUUUACAUCCCAGACAACCAGGCAAGAGGAAUGCACAGGUGGUACUCCAUCCUUAUAGUUAUGAUGGACAAAAUCUACCUUCUAAAUUCAUGGCCGUUUUUGGUUCCGCAUCUUCGAAUAGUUAUUGAAAAUCUGCAAAAAAAGGCUUCAAAAGUCUUUGAUCAAGAGGAAGCCAAAUGUCCUCAGAGACCACUAAGGUUGGGAGCUGUUGUAGAUCCAAACAAUUUCAUCAAACAAAGGGGAGGUAACAAGCCUGCACGUUCACUGCAGGAACUGACAGGUGACAAAAGUGUAUUCCGCAUGCUUCAUGUUGCCUUUCUGUGGAUAUUAAAAGCAUGUGGCAAUCGGAUCACAGAAACACUGUUAGAAGCUCCGCCUACAGAAGAUACAAUUAUUGACAUGGAAAAACAAGAAGAGACUGAAGAAGGUUUUAUAAAGCUGUUCACUCGUAAGGCUGAUGACUUUGAUUCACCUCAUGAGCAAAAAGAAUCAGAGAUGAGACCCAUGGAAGAUAAGGAGUUGGAUCACACUAUUUGUGAAACAGAGGUGGAGGAUCCUUUAGCUCCAGUUGUCAAAAAUCUCAGACAUCUUAGAAAGAUACUGGAAAGUUCAAACUUUCUGUCACUGGCACACCAUGUUGUUGUUGGUAACCAAGUGAUUGUCAGUGGUCAACAGCGCCCUCUAGUCAAAUCUAUUUUGGAAACAUUAAAGAGUUUCCUCCCUAAAGGAUGUUGUCGAGUGAUACCUUACAGCAAUAAAUAUGAAGAGUCGUGGAAAUGUAAUUUUCUAGGAUUGUCUCCGGAAGUGCAACUGUCUCAACAUGUGACCUCAUCUGAACUAUUUGUUCAUAUUGAGAUUCUGCCUAAACUGAACAUACUGCCUUUGAAAGAGGUUGAAACACCACUGAAUAGUUGGAGUGGCCCUGAGUCUGAUGCUAGUGACCCAGAUUUUGAUGGGGAUACCAGGCUGGAUGAUUUCCAAUUCAAAAUGUCCAGCACUGUAACACUUCCCCCGAGAGUGCCCACAGUCCUGACCAGAAUGUUGAUGGCUUUACAAAACAAAAAUUUAAGCUCAGAAGUAGUCAAUGCAGUAUUUACAUGUCUAAAAGAAGAAUGGAUGAACAAAGUCAAAGUUCUUUUUAAAUUUACUAAAGCCGGAGGAAACAGAAAUGAAGAAGAAACUAAAAAAUUAUUACAGAUUGUUGGAGCUAGAGAAGAAGAUAAACAGUUACUUAAGUUUUGGAUCACAGGCCUCAGUAUGCAGUACAGACAGCACAUUCUCUCCACUUCCUCCCAUAGCUACAAGUCAUAGUUCAAAGUGUUUUUAGAACUUGGCUAACAAAUGUAUCAGUACAAUCAAUGAAAAACUUACUAGUGGAUAUGUAAUUUACAUGAUUUUAGUUUUCAUUUCUAUUGUCAUUACAGUGUUCACUUGUAAAUACAAAGUUAAUAUAUUAUUAUUUCUAUAUAAUUUAUUGUUUGAUGCAAACAUUUGUUGAGUUGUUACACUUUCAAUGAAAUAAAGAUAAAACUUAAAAUUAUGAUUUA